AUGCCCAAAGCCAAGACUAAGAACACAGCGACAGUCAACACAAAGGCCACGGCUAAGCCCACCCCCACGGCCAGCAAGCCAGCUCGUCGCAAGCCUUACACCAAGCCCUCCAAGACGACCCCCGCCGACCAUGUGAUCGACGCCUGCUACCUUCCCCACGUCAUGGACAGCAUCAUCCACUACGCGCCAGUUGCUGCUCUCCUCGUCAUCCGUUCUGCGUCCAAGGGCUGCAAGGCGUACAUCGACGCUCUCCUCAAGGACAAGGGCCUCCACCUCACUCUCGUUCCCGGUGCUACCAAGUCGGAUGCUCCCGUUACCACCAACCGCCGCUUUGGCCACCCAGACGAUGACGGCCUUCCUUCCAGUGCCUUUCUCCUCAACUUUGUCCGCAUCUUCGACUUUCCUCCCGGCACCUCGUACACCGACCGCCAAUGUGUCAUGGACAACCUCACUCUCGCGGCCAAGCGUAACCGUCGCGCCGUCCGUCUUCCCCAGUACGAGACUGGCAACCUUAAAUUUGCCGCUGCCCCGACUCUGAUUACCUCGUUUGAUGCCUUCCCCCACCCUGAUUUUGUCCCAAAGCCCCGCCUCACCAUGUACACCACCUCGGGCAAGAUUCACGGGCGCGUUACCAAGCAGGUGUUCCACAUUGCUGUCAGCGACAGUGUUCCAAUGCCAACUGUCAGCACUGCCAUGACGUACUACCUCUUCGACACUCCCAAGAAUGUCAAGGAACUGGUCUUCAUGUUCAGCUCUUCAUCGACCCCACUCGGCUCCAUGUCGUCUUUGGCUCUCGUCGGUGACAGCGUGGAAGGACGUGACUACUUGGUCGGCCUUCUUCUUGGCUGCUGUGGGAUCGACAUGCUCAACUUUGUGGUCCGCACCGUCACCUUUGUCGACUGUGGUCACAUUGCCACUGCUAAGGCUGGCGAGACUUGGAACGACCGCAACGCUCGCCUCACGAACGUUCUCAAAUCCGCCAUUGCCGAGGACAAGAAACACCCCAGGGUGAUGAUGAGCGACAAAAAUGGCCAGCCUAUCGACCUCUACCCCGUUGUCAAGUUCAUGAGCUGCGAGGAAUACCGCCGCCAGGUCGGCGAUGAACAGUUCGCCAUCGAGACCACCAUCAUCUAG